GAACCGUGGGAUAUACUGAGCCGGCCUCGCUGUGCUAGGUUUGGGGCGUGCUGAACCGAGACGCAGGCCAGCGUGUAAGAAGGGAAUGCCGUUCCCAUUUGUAUUGAAGGGCACGUAUGCAUUGUGGCGUUUUGGGCUGGGGAAGGUCUAUAUCUCAAUGUGAAAAUACGCUUGAUCAUUCAGCCCCUUUCGUCAUUGUGCUUGUGAUACUUGAUGAGUGGGCAUGUGCAAAUUUAGUUGGAAGGGAAAAAUCAAGCCAGUGCUUGACAGUAUUCGUUCUUACCAAUUUUUUUGUUGAUAUUUCAGACCAGCUCUACUGUGUUGAGGAGUCGGGUAAUAAUAUACGCCAGAAUUGCUUAGAGAUGCAGGGUUGUAAUGUGUACUGCGGCGAGGCUUUAGGCCAGAAGUAUUCUCAACCGAAAAGAUCAAGUAUACGAAGCAAUAAUAUUUCUAAAGAAUAGGAAAACAGUCAUGUGCGAUGACAGACUGUAAAGAAAUUCGA